GCCUUGGAGAUCUACACGGUGGCUGGAGUGUUCCUGAUGCUGUUCCUCGGGAUACUCGUUGGUGUAGUAAUCCUGGUGCUGGAACACUUGGUGUUCAAGUAUUACUUGCCGGAGCUUAGAAGUAAACCGAACACAUCAAUGUGGAAAAACAGGAACCUCAUGUUCCUCAGUCAGAAGUUGUACCGGUUCAUCAACAGCGUAGAGCCCGUCUCGCCGCACCACUCGGCCAAGGAGCUCGUAAACAACCUGCGUACAGGCCAGAUCAUGGGACUCUUCCAGAAGUCUGUUAAGAGGAAAGAAAAUGAACAGAAAAGACGAAGGAAAAGCAAAGCCCAGUUCUUCGAAAUGAUCCAAGAAAUACGGAGAGUGCAGAGGGAAGGGCGGCUUUUGGUCGUGCCAUCGUCGGCCGCCGGACUGUCGCCCGCCGACCCUGCUGCUAGACUUGCUGAAUCGGACCGCCCAGGGGCGCCGGGCCCGUCCGCGUCGACAUCCAGUCCCCUGCUGGCGUCCCUCGCCAAGACGCGGCGUCGUUUGUCGUCCAUAUUUCGGGCGUCGGAACGUCGCCCGUCCCAAACCGAAAACGGGACGUUAGAGCGUCCGAUGGACGGCAGCGGGAUGGACGGUCCACCGACGUCGGUGGUGGACACGUUAAUUUGCGGUUCGUCUAACGUCGGCACGACAGCGGCCGUUGUUAACGUCCAGGAAGAAGACGACGUUUUCGGUGGCGGUAAUUCUGAGGCUGUGGACGAAUAUGUCCACGAGUCGCUUAAUCGGACCAUCUCGUCAACCAUCAGCGUCCAGUCGUCCUCCAAUAUGGACAGACGGACGCUGUACGCUCUGUCCCACAAGAGCAGCUCUACCCAGAGCGCUCUGGUAGACUUCAGCACGGCCGUGGACUUGGAUGAUGCACCGCCCACAGACGAAGAAAGGGCUUAUCUGGAGACUGAGUUCCUGAAGGCUUCGGCUGCUUCUCCCCCACGACUAGCUAGUUCAGUCCUUAAACCAAAAAAGUCCACUUAUAUCCCCACGGAAAUUUUAAUGGAUGAGUCCACAAUAAAGGUGAUCCAGUGCGAACAACCUCUCGAUGACUCAAUGGAUGACGAGGCGCGAGAACUUAUGUCCCUUGCGAACAGCACGUGUCCUGAACAUGCUGUUCACUUGCCAUUUAUGUGUUCUUCCAAUCAGACUUUCCCAACACAAACUAUACAGGCUUCGUAUUCAGCUUAUUCACAUCACUCACCGCCUCUUAUAUGCCCCAUUCCCAUACGUCCUCUGCCUCGGCAGGGGAGUGUGCCUUUCGAUUCUGUCUCGUUUCACGUUCAUUCACACACGAGUCGUAAGCCGGGACUGCUUCAAUCUCAUUCACAGGACUAUGUGAGUAGCACCAAGUCGUCCCCUACGCCAAAAAGUAGAUUAUCGUCACGAAUAUCACCGUUACCGGGACUGUUACGUACGUCACCGUUACCAGGACUCUUCCGUGCGUCACCGUUACCGGGACUUUUUCGUACGUCUCCGCUGAAAGGAUUGUACGCAACCCCAAAAAGUGACAAUCACAAGACGUCCCUGCAAGAUACAAAUUUCCCGGCAGCGUCUUUUCGGAGGCCCAAAGAAGGCGAAAUGAUAUCUUCAGAGUGUCAUGCUGGACCUGCUGACUCAGCUAGCGGCGAGCUGAGUAAGGCUCAGCUCUGGGAUUUACUUCAAGCCACCGAAGCUGAGCUGAGAGCCAAGCUUUCUCAGGUCGAAACUCAGCGCGACCGUUACGCCGCUCAGCUCCUUUUGAUGCAGCAGUCAACGGCCGCUCCUAGAGACUACAGGGCAUAUGAGUCGCUUGCAGUGUCCAAUGUGAUGGGGAAUAUGGACACAGCUGCUUAUUCCAGUCAACAAAUCGGAAGCAUCAGGUCCCGAAAAUCUCAAAGAUCUCAGUUGGAUAUUGAUCUUCACGGUCUCCAGAUGAACGCUUUGCCUAGUCUCUUUGCCAAUGACGCUGAUCAAUUAGCUGGAUAUCGGUCAAGGAGGAAAUUCAAAACAGAUGAACACUGCGUCAAGAAUUCAAAAAUUAGUGAUUUGAUUUUUGCAGAUGGCUCUCAGGCUGAAAAGUUUUCAGAAGGCAUUUCAACAUCCGCUAAUGGAAGACGGCCACGUGGAAAAAUUGGUGACAUUGAUGAUGUUCCAUCAAAGAAAAUCGGCAAGUCGUUUCACUUGAGCAGCGGAAACAUCAACACCGAAAACAAUGUUCGGAAACGCUCCAGGAAACUCCGAAGCCGUAGCAGAAGUAAGCGGAAAGUCCACAGCUGCACUUCAAGUUCCUCUGACACUACCAUGGGUGCCUCUUAUCCAACGGCACAAAAAUCUUUGCCGUUCGCACUUAACCGACUUGCUAGAAGUCUACCCGUCGAAUCGAGUGACUCGGAGAUCAUCGUGCAACGAAAACGUCGGAAAUCUGCCACAAGACGCAGAGAAAAGUACAGAAGUAGCAGUUCCCAGCCAGAAACCGCGCUGCAAAGAAGCGACCCAAAUGUCAAAGACGCCCGUGACUUGGAAUCGUCUUCGAGCAAAGCGUACGGGCACUUAUACCGAUCAUUGCCUGAAGUUGACACUGUCCGGGAUGAGGAUUGCACCACAAUUGCUACUGAAUUUAUUUAUUCUCAUGCUAGUUUACGGGACAACGCACAAGGUGAUGACACAGAAGCUGGAGAAUUUGACGAUCUCUCGUGUAUUGAUAUUCCUGCACCCAAGUUCGAAGAUACUUCCUCUGCCGAUGAAUACCAAAAGUCCGAUAGAACUUGCAUUCGCUCGGACUACAAUGUAGCAUGCCCAGAAAAUAUCGUCCACCAACAUAAUUAUGCCUACAGACGUUACCCUCAAUACUCGGGAGUUUUCCAUUCGAAGGAUGACGAUUUUUCCUUUAGACAAAUAUCGGGUGACCGAAAAUUGACUGGAGCUUCUAAUAUCUCGCCACUUCCUAUUUUAAGGUCGAUGCACAUACAGCAAAGCCAGCAAAAAGAACAAGAACGUCGAAAGCUAAAUGAAGAAAAUAUACCUAACUUACGCAAGCAGUGGUUGGAUCAUGAACCAUACAGAAGUUUCGAAGGAAACUUCGUAACUCGGGACCACUCGUCUCUGGUAUCCAGAUUGUCAGACCAGCCGAGAAGGACGAACUCUCGGCCAGACGAUUCACUCUGGCAAUCUUCCUCUCCCUGGGGACUCAUCCCAUCGAGGCAAUACCCAAGACAGUCGGCUCAUGAUAACCUCUACGGUGAUGUCUACGCAGUACCGCGGUCGGCUUCAAAAAAACCUACAACUUCUACCAGGUCAUCCACGAGUAGUUACAUGCUACCGUCUCCCUUCCGAGAUUACAAUUUCAGCAAUCAACGUGAUAGUCGCGGAAGAUCUUUCACCCAAGAGCAAAGGCCAACAAACGUCGGGUUUGCAUCACGUUCUGUAGAUGACUCGUACCUCUUGAGAAAGGAAUUCGCUGUUCAAAGAAGGUAUAAAUCUUCUUCAUCCAAAGAUAGAUACACGCAAGCUGUGUCAUCCGACGUGCCCUCGCGGUUUGGAAAACAUGAUCGUCAAGUAGACGUUCCUCUUUCCUCUUACGAUGACACCAAAAGUAAAUUUGAGUUUCGAGAUGUUUCUUAUCAUGAAAAAUUUUCCGGCAGUUUUAAAACUGAACCUAGUUCUUCUUCUAAGGGCGUUUUCUACCGCGAUGAAACCUCCGCGCAACAAAAGCCUAACUGUAAUCUUAGGAAAAUUUCCAAAUCGCCAUAUCGUUCCCAUGGUUAUGACGUUCAAGUUCCAUCCAUUUCCCAAGAAAUGAAAUCUUUUCCCGCACGAACGCAGAGCUCCGGUGUCGAAGAACCAAAAAACGGCAUCGGCAUCUCCAAAAAAGAUUCGUUAUCUGCUAGAAAAUACCCGGAGGACUCGCGAAACUACCCUGACGACAUGACGUAUGAAGCUACCACAAAAGUAUGAUGUGUUGUUCUCGUGAGUGAUUUCAUCUAUAAUUGCGAUAUUUAUAUCUUAUUUGAAGUAAAGCCACAGCUGAAAUAUCCGUUAGCUGUUGAUGCUUACAUUUUAAACAAACUUCUGACUACAGCUCCGGUAUAGAUUUAUGCGAACAGCCUGUAUUACUCUCAUUUUUUAUCUCUCCAAGAUCCAUCAUGUAUAUCUAAUAAUUUUGAAAAAAAUUUAAAUAUUUACUAUUCUUAUAAUAAUUUGUAGAUCAACAUGCAGUAUCAGCUUGAUUCUAUUACAACGAAAUAAAUGCAAGCGCAAAGCCUCGGCAAUUGGCAUGUUAAUGAUUUCUAUACUGAUUAAGUGGUUACAAAUAUUCCCCCAGUCUCAUCGAACCUGUAAAAGAUUCGUUUCAUGUUCUCAAACGUUUUUAGCAACGACACGAGAAUUUUAUCAUAACUUGUUUUCCAUCAAGUUCUCUCUUUGUUAUGUUUACAUACAAGACUACGUUGCCUGUGUCUCCUGGCGUGAUAAUAUAAUUCAGUUUGCCUUCAUUUUUCUCCAUGGUGAUCUUAUAACAUGUCAUCAGUAAACCUUAAGUGAGCUGUUUCCUGACUUGCUAAAAUAAUUUUCCUUCACUUUCCUGAUAUAACUGAGUUUCCCUUCAUUGGAAGUCUGCGAAGUUCUUACAAAAUGUUAUCAGUGAAAUAACCAAGUUACAAAUCUUCUAGCCAGUAAUUGUGACUGCCUUGUUGCCACACAGCCUCAUAAUUUACGCACUAGUAGUGGAAGCGAAGAAAAUAUUUUCCCCUACGCUCCUUAUCUCGAAUUUUUGUGUGCUUCAGCAUCAGUUCCAUAAAACAAAUUGAAUCAAAUGGUCGAACGGACCUCAUUUUUUACACUCAUCGCUAAGUAUCACUGGUUUUUCUUAAACAAUCUAUGAGAAUCUAUUGCCGCAGAAUUCUAAUUUAUCGUAAAUUCUUUGGUGCAGCUCGGUUCAUGUUGUCAGUUUCAUGUUACUAAUGAAUUUUUUACAAGGGCAGAAUCGCCCAACAAUUCCAAUGUUUUGUGGUAUUUUGCUAUCAAUUCCCGAGUUUCGUGAUAUCGCUUGUUGAUAUUGGACAUUUUCCGUUUAAACUCGCGUUUUUUUACAGGUUAUAAAUUUACAGUUUAUUAAUAGCAGUGUCACUGUAGUUAUUUUUAUUAAAUAAGUUUUCCCAACAAUUUACUUAAUUGCAUGCCAUACUUCAGUAACUCGGUCAAUAAAAUAUUUUGUUUAAUUCAGCCUCUUGUAUGAAUAUCUUUUUAUAUUUUUAUGUCAUAUUUAAAUUGAGUUGAGGCCACAUUCCCUAGUUAAAUGACAUCGGUGGAUUAUUGCUAUUUCGCUCCAGUUUUAGACAUCGUUGACGUGGAGAUCGUUAGUCAACUCUCAAGUAGAAACUGUGAAUUUACAUACGAUUUUGUUGUUCCUAAGGAAGGAUUAGAUUUUCAUAUUAGAUUUACGUCAAUACGAGCAGAGAUGCUGAUUAUCGAGUUAAAUCUUUACUUUAAAUCUGACCUCUGCUUCUGGUAUUUACAGCAGAGCGGUGAGUAGUGGUGUAGCAAAUAGGUCGUGCUUCUGUGCUCAUUUGUUAGUAUACUUUUCUGCUAUAGUGAUUAGUGGUUCAAUUAAAUUUAUUUAGUCUCAAUUAUAUAUAGUUAGGCUCUUGUAUUAGCAUUACUUUUAAUAUAUUCCAAUAGACUUUUUGAAGUUCAAGCCUCUGUUGUUAGUAUUGUUACUAAUCAUUACGUUUCAGUUAGCAAGUUUCCCCAACAAGCGAUUCGGGAAACUUUCGGGAUUUCCAUAAUUAUUGCAUGAAUAUUUCUGUGUCGUUCUUGAAUAUUUAGACUUUAGAUUGAAUUUUUAGCUUUCACACUCUAAAUUUUGUUGCUCAAUUAGCCUUUGCGUUUCUGUGAUAAAUUUAUCGCUGUUUCAUCGGUGAAGUUAUAGAAAGGACAUAAUUUUUAGGAACACUUUUGUUUUCAUUUAAUUUGAUCGAAGAAGUUUUUAAUACAACAAUAAAUUAACGCCCUUUCUGAAAGAAAUCACUCGAAUUAAUUAAUUCCAUUCUUGAUUACAAUUUGACUUCCAUAAUUUGAGAGAAAAUGGAAGUGAAUAGCGUAUUCGAGUGAAUAGCAUAUAAUUUACAUUCUAUUGUAGACAUUCACUGCUCUUUAGGAUAGUCGUUUUUAGGACUUAAUGUUCAGGAUUUACUGUGUUCACGUUGAAGUGCUAGUGUUACAAGCACAGAAAAAAAGUAUAUUGAAGUUGAACUUCAAUUUAGGAUACUAAACAUUCAUGUUUCUAGAUCGUGCUGUACGCUUUCCUCUAUAUCUUGAGGUGGCCGGUUUAUACAGAUAAUUUUGCAAUGAACGUUUUACUUUUACCUUUUAACAGUAAUUUGUUUUCAAAUUUUGAUUUUCUUAUGAACAAGUGCCAGAAAAUCGAUAAUUCAUAAAAGAGUCUGAUUCAUAAAAGAUCUCUAUUCAUUUUAUGUCAAAAAAUUCAAACUAUGCAAUAAAUUUGUUUUAGAGAUCGUUUGGCUUUUUUUUGGAUAGCACUGAAAUUGAGAGUCAGUUUCUGAAUAAAUUUUUAACGAUUUUUUUUAUGAACCAAACUUGUACUAAUUGAUUAUUCAAUGUCAAUGCCCUCCAAGAAAUUAUAUUGAGAACAAAAAACUUUAAACAGGACACGUCGCAUACGGUUAUUUCAAUGUUAUUAACGAAUUCCAAUGAAUGAGAAACACUGAAUACUGUGCUAAGACAACUUAUGUAUAGAACUUUUCCUAUCAUAUACGCUGAGUACGCAUUACUGUCGCUUUCAUUCUAUAUCAAUUACGAUUCUGUAACAACAUCCAUAAU